AUGCCUUAUCAUUUGGUCGUGCUUGUGCACGGAAUCUGGGGAAACUCCUCCCACAUGUCCUAUUUGGCAGACCAGAUACAGCGCUACAGUCUGGCUGCUAAUGGAGAAGAUAAGAUUGUUGUUUACAAAACAGGCUCCCAUUCUGGCUACAAAACCUACGACGGCAUCGACGUGAACGGGAAACGCGUGGCUGACGAGAUUUUUGCCGAAACUGAUCGUCUAAAUGAGACAGGCAAGGUCACCAAGCUCUCGGUUAUCGGCUACUCGCUAGGAGGCCUCAUGUCUCGUUAUGCCUUGGGCAUCUUGUACCACCACAGGUACUUUGACGAGGUGCAGCCUGUUCACUUUGUCACGUUUUGCACACCCCAUGUUGGCACAAAUAGCGUGAGUCUGUCGCUUUCGUCCAAGAUCUUCAACUUGGUGGCCCCCUAUGUGUUGGUGUAUACGGGACAACAGAUGUUCUUGAGGGACAAGACUGCUACGGUGGGGAAUGAUGACAGGUUGCCCUUGCUUGUGUGGAUGGCAGACUCGAAGUCACCGUUUUACAAGGCGUUGGCCCGUUUUGCUCAUCGCUCCCUUUACGGCAAUGCCAUCAACGAUAAGAGAACAAGCUGGUACACCACGUUUAUCUCGAAUGUUGACCCGUUCAACUCGAUGGUGAACGAGUCCCGCAGCGCCUACAACUUUCAGUACAUCAAGGGGUACGAGCCCAACGUCAUCGACUUCUCGAAAUCCAUUUCGUUUAGCAAGAUCGUGCGUCAAAGCAAAAAACAUUGGUUCAGCCCCAAGCGCUGGGUGUAUAAGGCGUUUGUGUGGAUCAAGGUGUUGGCCUCCCUAGUGGUGAUUAUGCCCGUGUACUCAGUCUACCUCUUGUCUAAUGCAAUUUGGCAGAGAGUGCAACUCAAUAGGAGAAUCCGCAACUUUUACAAGGAGAGCCCCAACAGCCUUGCUGUGUUGUAUGACUUGGUUCAGGACAAUGUGGACGAAUCUGAUCUUGAGAAGGGCCCUAAGUUGACGAGGAAGGAGUUUAGAGACUUGGAGAAACCUGACCUGGAUCAUGAAGAGACGUAUUUGGAGGCGAUCGAGGAGAGAAUGCACGAUAAAGCCGAGGUUUUUGUCGACUCCAUCUUUAAAGCAGUGGACAGUGCAAGUUACUAUGAUUACCAUUACAGUGUGGCCAAGAAGAAGGCGCCACUUUCAAGACCAUGUUCGGAUGACAAUUAUUCCAGUGAGGAGGGCAAGCUUCUUCCGAAGCCCAGCUUAGUCAACUUAAAGGGCAAAGAAGUUAAGAACGACUUCAAGCUUAAUUUCAACUGGAAGCAGGAAAAGAUUGUCGAAGGGUUGAACACACUUCAGUGGAACAAGUACCCUGUGAUCAUCAGAAACACAAAGGCUACACAUGCAGCGGUCAUCCACAGACAUAACGAUCCAAACUUUGCCGAGGGCAAGGUUGUGGUGCGUCACUUCAUUGAGCAGGUUUUUAGGGUUUAA